AGGACUUCUGAAUCUGACAACGGAGAAUGGCUCAAGCAUACGGUAAAUUAACUAUAUCUUUAAAGCUAAAUUUUACGCGUUUAAACCUUUAGGCAGAAACAUGGGGACUUUUUCAUUCUUUGCAGUGACUCUAAAUGGAGGGCUGAACCUUCAAGCAGAGGAGUCUGAGUCAUCAACUGAUACCUCAACAUCCGAGACCUCAUCUUAUACUGACUCCUCAUCUGUGCUUUCAGAGGAAGUACCCGAUCUGUGGGGCGAUUUGGACCAAUAUUUCCAAGAAGGGUUAUCGCCAUCAUCACAGCCACAGGAUGACGCAACGGGGCAUGCCUCAGACGGUCAAAACAUUAUACAUUCUUUAGAGGCUGCCCGGUUAACCGGAAGAGAUCCAGGUGAUGUGAUACCACAUCAGAAUUUUGAAGAACAACCGCCAUUUCACCGGGAGUCUGUCUCACCCGCUAAUCAACCGCUGAUGACCGUGGAGAGGCCUCAACCAGCGGACAGAGAUCCAGGAUUCUCAUUGGGUCGCAACCGCAGGAGAACCAGUUCUGAGAUUCCAUACCCGAGAUCCCGUGGGGCUUCCAGCGAAGGAUUUCCAUCGGCACGCUCAAACAGACCCAGGUCCAGACCAUCCAGGUGUCCUCAGUGCUGCGGAACUACACACCAGCAAUUGGAGCUGAUGUCUAGAGCCUUUUGGCUCAUCUGUCAGAAGUUAGGUGUACAAAGUGACAAUUUGUAAACUGUUUCAGACUGUGAUUUUUAUCAUCUGUAUAAAUUGCAAUUAUGCUGAUUUAAGGUUUUUAAAAGCGUUUGAUUUGUAUGAGGUCAUGGAUCAACACACAUUAUUAGCUAUUGAUUUGUUAGAGAGUUUAGCACAAAAUCUCCAGAAUGAGUUGGGUUUUCAAAACGAUUUAACUGAAAAUGAUUUGAAUAAAAACGACACAGCCGCUACAUCUAACAGCUCUGAACAGCCGGUAGAUCCUCUCCUUGCUUUAAAUCAAGCUCUCGCUAACCUUGAACAGUUAGAGAAU